AGUGGCACUCAUGCACUCGACUAGUAUGACAGAAGCUACGUAGAAAGUUUCAGAGAUGUGAAUGUUUCUGAAAAUUUCCCUAAUAACUUUGCCCUUUCCCGACUUUUCAGGUGCUGAGGGGAAGCUGGCAGCAAGGACUUCGUAAGUGUUUUUGUUCCAUCUUCCCACCCUCACUUCAGUGUGAUGCCCAUUAACACCACUUUUGUUCCUGCAGCACGGUUCCACAGAUGAGUGGAAUUCCCGAGGAAGAACUAGCAGCACAAGUUCUCGGGGCCGAGGAAGACCAGCUGCCCAUUUCAGAAGAGCAGGCAGCACCAGAUGAGCCAGAGCAGGUUCCUGCCACAAACGUGUGGGCAGCUAUGGGAGCCCAUCAGCUCCAGGUCUCCACAAGCGCCAGCUGGUACACCUCAGCCAGGAUCAGCCAUACGACCCAGUCUUCAUCGAAGUCAACCAGCAAGAAGAGGGCACCCCGCCAAUCGGUCGACAGCCCAGCUCCUGAGCGACCACCAUUUAAGCAGCCCUGUGCAGUGUCCCACAAUUUAAGCAGCCCAGUGUCCACCACUGUUGUGCCAACAUUUCUUUUUUUGUUUUUAAAUUUUAUUGAAUAAUACCUCAAGUACUCCAGGUAUGGGGUCCUACGUGAGGUAUGGGCAAUUAUUUAAUUGGGACAACAUUGUCUUUGUACCUGUACUGACAGGGCAGCCCUGUCCCCUCUUGACAGAUUUGGUGACAAACCAAUAUCUUCAGAUAUUUUCUGUUACUAUUUCCUGCAUCACCUAUAAGGGAAACGCAAAGCCAUCUCUGUUUUUCUGUUGUUUUUAUUGUUUGUUUGCUUUUUUAUUUCUUCCUGUGGUCAUCUGAUAAGCCUUAUUUAUUUAUUCAUUCAUAUUUAAAAAAUGCUUACAGGCCUCAUAAAUUGAACGAAGGAUUGGGUAAGGGUGCAUAAUAAAUGGAAAUAAUGGAAAUAGAGCAGUAUUCAGAUAAGCAACAUAAUCGAACACCGUUAGAAAAUAGCACACACAAAUAGCACACAUAGUAGACAAAAGAUAACAAAAACCAGAAACACAAGAAUAGGACAGAAAAAGCAUGAACUCAAGGAAACAGAACAGUACUAAUGUGUGAAAGUCAAAAAGAAAUAACUGUUGUUUCACGCUGCCAUGCAGAGAAAUUCUAAGAAUGUGAGCUGGUUUGUUUAAGCUCGUAUUUAAGUCGAACCUAAUGGUACAUGGCCUAGCCAAUGAUACAACGUUAGUAAAACUGUGUGCCCUGUUACCUGUGAGGAAAUGCUUCAUUAAGCAGGAACUAACCAUCUGGGUGGGCAAAUGCUAAAGUGUACAGUAAUUUUGUGCACGGCACAAGAGCUGUGCACAGCACAAGCUUGUUCCUGUCUGCACACCAGACAUUUUUCUUGGGGUCCUUUCAUUUCAGAGUGGCUAUCUGUUCGUUCAUCUCAUUCUUGUUCAUGAAAAGAGCCAGUCUGUUUUGUCAUAGCAAUGGUGACACUAGAUAUGUUCUCAUCAUACUAUUUCCUUGAUAGUUCUCAGUCGACAAUGCUCCUUGAUGGGCUUAAAAACUGUCUUGUUGUUUAUUCACCCAUUGUUCGUUUUCUUUCAUUUCCAUAAUGUUCUUUAGACUUGUUUGGUCCUUUUUAUUUGAAUUUGCUGGUGACAACUACCUGUGAUAAUACACACUGGAGCUAGUCAGUCAUCUGGACUUGUGUCAACAUGGGACCCACCUGCCAUAUUUGCACAGCUUCAAGGCAUGAAGCUUUGUUUUAUUUUUAUUUUAUUUAAUAAAGAAAUACUA